CAUUCUGUUUGAGCUGUCCUGUCAAUUCUGUCAUUCAUGUUUGCUAAAGAUAAUCCUUUCAUUGACUCGAAAGUAUUUUUUGGGUUUUGUGAAGUGUUUAUUUGAAUAAUUAAUUACUUCCUCUUCAAGAGUUGACGCUUGUAUGUUUCUCUGAUUAUUACAUUUAUUCGUACCUUUGACCGUAAGGACAAAUACAUAGUUUAUGAGGUAAAAGUGCAUAGCAGAAGAAGACGAGAGAAGAUACUCCAACAAUGGAAGAACGUGAAAUUGAAAUCCUCAGUGCCAAUGAUAAAGUAGAAGACGUGCGCCAAAUUUUACAACAUUUUCUGAAAAAUAAUGAAAAUGCUUUCAAUUUUCCAAGUUUGGCCGAAAAGAAUCAGAGAGCUUUGUUGUGGACAGCUCUAUUCCAACGUUUACAAGAUAAGUCGUCUGCACCAGUUCACGCACUCUGUUUAGCCACUAUUAGGGUGCUCAGCCGUGACAAGUCAGAUCUUGAAAAUUUGAUUUGUGAAAGAUGGAUAACAACACUCAUAGAAAGAGCUGGGCUGUAUAACUUUGAAGCACUUGAUGAAGAGUCUAUGGUGCCCCUGGAUCUGAUAGAGAAGGAUGUGGCGGUUGAGGCGCUCAAAUGUCUUUGUAAUUUGACAUACAACAGUGAAGUGGCUAGAGCCCUAUGUGCCCAUACUUCCAUAGCCCAGGGCUUGGUAGCCAGGCUUAGAAUCUACAAAGAUAUACCCUUCAAGGAGGAAAUCAUGCUGUUUGAUUUGAAGUUGCUUUUCAUUUUGACUGCUUUGAGACAUGACAUAAAAACUAAAAUCAAGGAUGAACUACAUGGUAUGGAGUAUUUGAUAAAUUGUCUAGAUGACAUAUUGACUGAAGCUUCCAGCAAGGCUGAGGACCAGGCUUCUAGCAGCAGUGGCUUGGUUGAAGGAGCCCACCACUGCUUUCUACAGGACAAUCAGCAAGCUAUCAUCUGUGAGAUCCUCAAGACCCAGUUUAACUUGAUCCUGCAGUCCGGCUCUGAAGAGCCUGCUGAUGAGGAGGAGGAGGCCAUGUACUUGAAGUUGAUGCCGGUUAUGACUGCCCUGCUGUAUGCUCAUACUUCUAGCGAGGAAAAGUUAAUGGAACUGCGCAGUAAUAUCGCUAAUUUGCUGACAAGUGUCCCACCAAUGUUUUACCCCUUCUUGACACCAGAGCUGACCCCAGGUGAAAAGGCACAAUAUGAAUUUGAUAGCAGGAACAUGGAUGCUUUACAGGCUCUUAUACUUUUGUUGCAAUACAGACUGACCAUUACUACAAGUACAAAGAAUCAGUAUGAGAAUCUGUCCCCAAUCCUGACGGUGUUGAACAAGAGUUCCCGCGGUUGUCGUUCCCAGAGGAAAUAUCUCCGUCAAGUGGUGUUGCCGCCAUUGCGUGACGUGUCCCGCCCGCCCGAGAAGGGCAAUACGCUGAGGAACCAGCUUUGCAGGCUGCUGACAACACCAGUCACUUCUGUUAGAGACUUGGUGGCAGAGUUUCUGUUUAUCUUGUGCAAGGAAAAGGUGGGUCGCAUGGUGAAAUACACCGGUUUCGGCAACGCCGCGGGCCACUUGGCUCAGAAGGGUCUGCUCAGCGGUGGGCGCAGCGGUGACUACUCCUCCAGCAGUGAUGACUCGGAUACUGAGGAGUAUCUGGAAGCUCAGCCCCACAUCGACCCGGUCGUCGGCUGCACGCGACCACCCCGCAUCAAUCCCUUCGAGGGAAUGUCUGAUGAACAGAAAGAAUAUGAGGCGAUGAAAUUGGUGAAUUUAUUCGACAAGAUGGUGUCGGAUGGCGUGAUGAAGCCUGCGCGUAUAGGCCCGGAUGGUCGCCCGCAAGCCGUCGAACACGUGCUUGAGCUCAGGGAACACCCGCCCAAUAGACCGCAGUCCUAAGCGAGUGCGAUGGUCUUGAGGAUUCUAACACGCCGUACCAUAUCACAACUCUGAUGCUCACUGUUUGAAUGGUAUAAGUUUUACGAAGGAGUAUCAAAACGAUGCGAUCAUGAAAAAUCGUUUUCUUCCUGGACGUCAGACAUGUAUUAAUGUAAGACCACUUGAUUAAUAAAAUCUUGUGCUGCUGUCGAGAACAAAUGGGUUCAAAUGACUUCCAAAAAAAUUUUGCUAUUAAAUUAGGCUUUCGGGAUAUCUAGAGAUUUUUCAGUAAGAGAGUUUCUUCUAGUUAGUAUUUAGUAUUUUAAUCCUCAAUUUAAAUUCAAUAGUGGGUAGAUUAAAGAGUUUUAUGGAGUAAUUAGUAAACUUAUUGAAUUAACAUACAUUUUGGUAUGAUGUUUACUUGUUUCUUAAAAACAAAUGAAAGCCGGAUCUUGUUUACGUGGGGUACAGAAGGUAUAAAAUAUCGAUUUAGCUUUAUAUGAAUAGGAAAAUGGUAUUAAGAGUUUUUUUUUUUACAUACUAUUAUCAGCUUUAGGUAAGGAACUUAUAACAGUUAUAACAACUGCAAACGUUCCACGUUUUAAAAUGAAAAUCUUGUGUGAUAUUUAGUUUAUUUAUUUGUUAUUUUUCAAGAUUUUUUUAAUACCAAGGGCCAUUUUAAUAUUAUUAAGUAAAAUAAUGUAUUUUUUUACUAUCAGAUUCUAUUUCUAAGUAGUGAAAAGUUGAAUAGUAUCCUAUUGAAAGUUUGUUGUGACUAGCUGACAUAGGGACCUGUAGUGGCCUAAGUCAUAAUGUCAUAUAUUUUGUGCCAUUAGUAGUAAUUAUUAUGUAUUUCAUUAUUAAUAAUCUGAAUGAUCAAAGUAUUCCUUCAUUGUAGUCUUAGUGCUAUGUAGUUUAUUAGGUAUAAUAAAAUAAACUAAGUAAUCACUUGAUUUCUAAUAUGUAUACCUAACAUCGAUGAAAAUGUUCUAAAAAGUUAUAUCCAAGUAGCUUUAUUUGUCAUGAAAUUUGAGAACUAGAUAAUUUUACGAUCUCAGUACUUGUAGGUAUUGAAUCAGUAACCAUGUAGAGUACCUAAGAAUUUUCUUAUCACCAAUGUAUUAGAAAUAUUGUGUUUAUAUAAUAUUUUAAUCUAAGAUUUUAAUAUUUGAUAUUCAUUUAUUUAUUAAUGAAAUAAAUUAUAUUUAGAAAC